GAAGAACGACUCGACCCACCCUCCACAUGUUCUCCUGUCUUCCCCGCCAAGCCGCCGCCACCUCUUGCGCUCUUCCCUCCAAAACCCUAGCAAAACCACCCCAAAAAUUCCCCGUUCCCUCCACUUCUCCCCUGCGAUUCCCUCCUCAGAAUUUUCAAACCCCAGAUCAAGUCCACCAUGCGCACCCUACGUCUGCUUUGAACCGCUCCAAUUUUGAAGUUUCAUCCUACCUACCCAUUUUUCUUCUCCACAAUUAAUUUUUUUUCUUCCAAAUCUUGUCCCCUCCAUCCAAUCAGCUCUACAAAUUACUCCCCUAUGCGCUCCAUUUCCGCCAUGAGGUCUCUCCUCCUCUGCGCCUCGUCACCCACCUUCCUCCGCUCCAGCGCUUCCGCUCUCCGGACUCCCCUCUCCUCGCUCCCUUUCCGGCCAGAUCUUUCCUGCUCCAAGCUCGGCCCGGCGAGGUUGGUCACUACGGCGGGACCCAAGGCUCGAAUAGGCGGCGGUGGGUCCGUGAUGGACGUCCGAGCAGCGCAGUCUGGCGAGAUUCACGUCAUCGUGGGCCCUAUGUUCGCCGGCAAGACCACCGCGCUGCUCCGCCGCGUCCAGGCCGAAGCCGGCACCGGCAGGACUGUGGCACUUGUAAAGUCUGACAAAGACAAUCGGUAUGGAUUGGACUCUGUUGUAACACAUGAUGGCACAAAGAUGCCAUGCUGGGCUCUACCCAAGCUUUCAUCUUUCCAAGAUAAAUUAGGGACAGAGGCUUACAAUAAGGUAGAUGUCAUAGGUAUUGAUGAAGCCCAGUUCUUUGAUGAUCUUCAUGAUUUCUGCUGCAAAGCUGCUGAUCGUGAUGGAAAAAUUGUUGUAGUUGCAGGUCUAGAUGGUGAUUACAAAAGGAACAAGUUUGGCUCAGUGCUGGACAUCAUCCCCCUUGCUGACUCGGUCACCAAGCUAACUGCACGCUGUGAGUUGUGUGGUCGCCGGGCGUUCUUCACAUUGAGGAAGACACAGGAAACCAAGACUGAACUCAUUGGAGGAGCUGAUGUUUAUAUGCCUGUGUGUAGGCAGCAUUAUUCUGACGGGCAGAUUGUUAUUGAAGCCACGAGGAUUGUUAUGGAUAUUGAGAGAUCCAGUGACCCACGCUGUGUAGUAAGCAGCCAAUAACGUGUUGAAUGUGCUUUCAGCCUAUCUACAAGAUAUUAAUCCCUGUAGCACCAUGGCCGCCUAAUUGUCACAAUAAACAAUAUCAUAUUAUCAUGGCUGAAAUCAGGCAAAUAACAAUUUGAGCAGAUAGUAAAUAUUUACUAGUUGGAAUAUUGAUGAUACUUUUUACUUUGAA